AUACUGUACCUGCAGAUUGAUGAGGGUUGGAUGUAAGGAUUGGAGGCAAGGUGAUAUCUAGGUUGGUCCAUAAAACUAAAAGCAGUGUGGGUGCAAGGAUCAGAGGUUGAGGGACAGAUCAACAGUAGUUGAAGAAAAAGACGACUAAGAUAGCGAGAAUUCAAAGGAUGCCUAGGUCUUUCCUUGUUAAAAAGAAACGUGGGGCAUGUGGAGCAUGGCAAUGGAAAGAGCCAGAACAGCUUGAGUGGAAAGAAGAUAAUACAGAAGUCAGUGAAAUUGCUAUGGAGCAGAUAUCCUGCAGUGACACCCAACAGCCUGCAACUGUGCCUCAGUCAGUAGCCACCGUAGGGUGUGGGACAGCAGCUGGAAUGAGAGUGUCAGUGCCUUUUGCAGGAUCAGGAGGACCAGGGGCUGACACCAGGCCAGACUGGUCCACACUUAUGCUACGGGGCUCCUUCUACCAUCCCAGUACAAUGGCGCUGGUCAGCAGAGCAAAGCCCCGUCCCCGUACUUCCCCCAGCUCAGGUGACUUUGUGUGCUCAGUGUGCCACAAGAUAUUCCCUCUGCAGCGCAUGUUGACCCGACACUUGAAGUGCCACAGCCUGGUGAAGAGACAUCCUUGUCGAUUUUGUGGCAAAGGAUUCAACGAUACCUUCGACCUCAAGAGGCAUAUGCGAACACACACAGGUAUACGUCCCUACAAGUGUGAGCUAUGUGAGAAAGCCUUCACACAGCGUUGCUCUCUGGAGUCCCACAUGAGGAAGAUUCACGGUGUUCACCAACAGUAUGCCUACCGCCAGAGACGCUCCAAGAUCUUUGUAUGUGAGGACUGUGGUUACACCUCAAGCCGCCCUGAUGAGUAUUUCCUUCAUGUAAGACAGUGCCACCCUGGCAGUCCCGCCCUCCGAAGGUACUACCGCCGCCAGGUCCAUGAGAACAGCAGCUUUGCUUCAGAAGACAAUAAACUCAACCCCUAUUUGCUGUACUCAGCCCCUGCAUAUUAUAUGUAGAUUUCAUUCUAAUGAAAAGGACAUUGUAUUGGAGCAUUGCAUUGUAGCUGUUUUAAG